GCCCGUCCCGCCCCCGCCUCCGCUGCCUUUCCCUGCGCUGCCGGCGGCGGCGGCGGGGGGAAGAGCGGUGGGAUCGGGGACGGUGGCCGGGGCUGAGCUGCGGGAUGGAGGGUGGGUUUUGCCCAUGAGACGCCGGGCAGAGCCGAAGGGAACCCGGCGAGCUCCAGCCAUGCCUCCCGGCCCGCCCGCCGGCACAUGGGGCAGCGCUUGAACCGCUGCCUCGAUGUCCCCGUGGCGCUGCCGCCGCUGAGGCGGAGGCUCCUGCUGCUCUUCAUCAUGCUCUUCCUCUGGCUCUACAUGUUCUACUCCUGCGCCGGCUCCUGCGCGACCCGCGGCUCCCCGGUGGCGAGGGAGGAGGGCAGCCCGGAGGAGCAGCGGGGACGCCCCCCCCUGCCCGCCGCCGCCGCCAGCCCCAUCUCCAGCUUCUUCAACGGCUCCGGCACCAAGCGGCUGCCGCAGGCCAUCAUCAUCGGGGUGAAGAAAGGAGGGACGCGGGCGCUGCUGGAGUUCCUGCGGGUGCAUCCCGACGUCCGAGCCGUCGGGGCCGAGCCCCAUUUCUUCGACCGCAACUACGAGCGGGGACUCGCCUGGUACAGGGACCUCAUGCCCAGGACCCUGGAGGGGCAGAUCACCAUGGAGAAGACCCCCAGCUACUUCGUCACCAAGGAGGCCCCAGCCCGCAUCUCCUCCAUGUCCAAGGGCACGAAGCUCAUCGUGGUGGUGCGGGACCCCGUGACCAGAGCCAUCUCGGACUACACCCAGACGCUCUCCAAGAAGCCCGAUAUCCCCACCUUUGAGAGCCUGACCUUCAAAAACAGGACUACGGGCCUGAUCGACACCUCGUGGAGCGCCAUCCAGAUUGGCAUCUACGCCAAGCACCUGGAGAACUGGCUCCUCUACUUCCCCAUCGGGCAGAUCCUCUUCGUCAGCGGGGAGAGGCUGAUCAGCGACCCCGCGGGGGAGCUGGGCAGGGUCCAGGACUUUCUGGGCCUCAAGAGGAUCAUCACCGACAAACACUUCUACUUCAACAAAACCAAGGGGUUCCCGUGCCUGAAGAAGGCGGAAGGCAGCAGCAAACCCCACUGCCUGGGGAAGACGAAAGGCAGGACCCACCCCGACAUAGACCAGGAGGUGGUGCAGAGACUGCGGGACUUCUACCGGCCCUUCAACAUGAAGUUCUACCAGAUGACGGGGCAGGACUUCGGCUGGGACUGAGGCUGGCGUGGGAAAGUCCCCUGUAAUUACUUGCCCAGCACGGUUUGCGUAUAUAAAGAGAUAUAUAUGUAUGUAAAAUGUACAGAAAUCUAUUUUAUAAUAAUUUAUUUUUAAUUCCUAAGCAAUUAAUUCACUAAGCUGCCUAACCGCACUGGCUAGAACGGUAGCCCGUAACCUGUUUAACAUUCCACGGUGUUUAAUUCUAAUAUGUUUCUCCUUUUUUUUUUUUUUUUUUUUUCCUCUCUCCUAUUUUCUCCUCUUAUUGGUUUGGUUUGUAACAGACGGUGCUUCCAUUUUUCCUAAACAA